AUGCAAGAGUUUGCUCCCGCAAACAUUUUCAACUGUGAUGAGACUGGUCUGUUCUUCAAGAUGCUGCCAGACCGUUCACUCUCUUUUUCUAGUGAGGCCUGCACUGGUGGCAAGCAUAGCAAAGAGAGGGUGACAGUCAUGGUCGGUGCAAAUGCGGAUGGCACCGAGAAGCUGCCUCUUCUGGUAAUUGGAAAGGCAAAAAACCCGCGUUGCUUUAAGGGCGUGAAGAACCUGCCUGUAUGGUAUAGCAGCAAUACAAAGGCCUGGAUAACUCAAAGCUUGUUUGAGGAUUACCUCCGCCGACUGGACCGUAUGUUCGAGCGCCAGAAGCGACAAGUCGUCAUCUUUGUUGACAACUGUGGGGCGCACGGCGCCGUUAACAAUCUGCAAGCUGUUCGACUAGAGUUCCUACCGCCGAAUACUACUAGUGUGCUCCAGCCGAUGGAUCAAGGUGUCAUCAAAAACCUCAAGGUGCACUACCGGGCCCGUUUACUUGGCCGCACACUCGUGUGUUUCGAUAGCGGAAAAAGCUACUCCGUGAACCUGUUCUCGGCACUCGGCAUGCUGGCAGAUGCGUGGAAGGCUGUUCAGCCUUCGACCAUUGCGAAUUGCUUCAGGCAUGCUGGAUUUUGCAACUGUGAAGAGGCCAGCCCUGGGGACGCAAUCGGCACCGCUGAAAACAUCGACAACGGUGAGCAGCUGAUUGCUGAUUUGCGCAGCAGCGGGAUGGACCUUCCCGCAGCUGUUACUUUUGACGAGUUUGCCGCAAUCGACGACAACAUAGAGUUGUGCGCGGAGCUGACGGACGACGAGAUCGUGCGGCAAGUGACCGCGCCGCCGCAAAGCGACUCGGACUCCGACGUGAGGAUGACGCAUGCGGCCGCCCGCAACCAUCGCCGCAAGACGUUGCCAACGCUCUAG